AUGGCUCCAGACAUCAAGUCGGAAGACUUCGCCUACGACAAUGGGCGACCUCUUACAGCUGACACUUCGGCUGCUGAGGCCGCAUUGAAGGCAAAGCUAUCCCGGAAGCGAACCAAGACGGGCUGCUUGACAUGUCGCAAGCGUCGCAUCAAGUGCGGCGAGGAACGCCCGGUGUGUAAGAACUGUAUCAAGAGCAAACGGCUCUGCGAAGGAUACAACCAGCGUGUUAUCUUCAAGCAGCCGACCUUCGACUACCAACCAGCUCCUCAUGGCGGUGCCCACAUUACCUUCCAGGCGGGAUUUCUGGCAGGCCCAGCGAGCUCACACCCAGACAUACACCCACCAGGCUUUGACCCAUCGGCAUUUGCACAUGUGCAACAGCAACAACAUGCCCAACAGUACAUCCAAGUAUUCGACACGCAACUCCAGCAAUACGUUACCAUAGAGCAGCCUCGUCAGCAGAUCAUAGCGCACAUGGAGCCCCCGAUACCACACGGUCACAGCCAGCAUUUGCCUCAUUUUCCGCAGGCCGCGGCUCACCCCUUCAACCAGGCCCAGCAGCCAUCUUUCAGAGCACAGUAUCUGGACACGACACAAGAAGCUGCACACAACGUACCAAGUCUUGCACCAGCUGUUGAACUCAGCAACGGUUACGCUACCGCAAGCUUGCAGUCUGUGGCUGCGACAGCCGGACUAUUCAGUCCUCACCAGUCGAACCAACAGAACGGCCAGAUGUUACCCGUAGUGACGAUGCCUACUGAACAUAUCUCUGAUGCUUAUAGAUCAGCACAUGAGCCCGUCGACCCUCAUCACAAUGUCAAGUUUGAACGCGCUCAUAUGCAAGUAUGGUCGAAUACUAAGCCUCUAGGCACCGAACAGGACAUCGUGGUGCCGACACCCGUGUCAGACACGUCCAGUCGAACGCUGUCCUUCUCCCAGACACCUGCCGUGGCGGUGAGGCAACAAAGGGAAAACAAUCAUUACGUUCCUCAGCCGGAGGUCGCUCGUCCAAUCGACCACGCCCCUCCCAUUGAGCAAAACCACUACCAUCAGACGAGCCCAAGCCUCUCCGGACCUCAACCUUCCGCAAAUGGAGAUCAUGUUACGCCGGAGUACUACGAGCACGAGGCACACGCUGCUCCGUAUGCGACACCUACAUAUAUGCUCAACGUCGCUGCGGUCGAGGUGCAAGAUGACGAUUACUACGAUGUGGAACAAGAUGAUGAGAUGGAUGUGGAUACAAAUGCCUCUCCAGAGUAUGGCAUUGAGCGGCAGAGGAAGCUGAGUAGGAUUCUUGCGCUCAACCAGAUCAGCAUCCACGAUGUGCAGAUGCGCCGCUAUGAUACUUUCAUAUACGCCGGAAUACUGGCCAGAUACAAGGUAGAAGAAGUGGCGAGUCCACUGAAAAAUCCGGCGACUGCGAGGGUAUUCGCACACUUCAUCUCUGCGACAGGGCCAAGCCUUUCGAUAUUCGAGCGGCACCCAAGAAACACUUCGAUGAUGUUCAAUGAGAGCUCAAUACCGCUGUCACAACAAGGGUUAUGGACAUACACACUGCCGGUGGCGGCUCUCCGCAACCAAGGCUUGCUGCAUGCGAUGUUGGCACUUGCCAGCCUGCACAUUGCUCGACUGCAGAAUGCGUCGGUCACGCCAUCUAUGCAACAUUAUGCAUGGGCCCUCAAGCGUAUCCAUAACUCUGUGGCCACGCCGAAAGGCAGACUCAAGGUCACAACCAUUGCAGCAACCAUGUUGCUUGGGUUUUACGAAGUGAUGACCGCAGAUCACAUGAAAUGGAACGCUCACUUGGCAGGGUCGAAACAGCUGUUUGUCGACACAGACUUCGUUAGCAUGACCAAGGAGUUCCGACGACUGAAGCGUGGAAAAGCUACACGGCACUUGCGGCGACAUAGCUCGGAAGAGCCUUGGAUGCAGGACGACCUGCUCGACCAGACGAUGGAUGUCGAUGAGCGGGUGGUGAGCCAUAUGGUGGGUAAAGAAGUCCGAUAUGACGAUCAUGGUGGUAUUGAGACACCUCGUGUCAAUAUACCUCCUGGUUUGGAUCUGAGCAAAUUCGAGAUCUUGAAGGACCUUUAUUGGUGGUACUGCAAGCAAGAUGUGAUCCAGAGCAUCGUGAGCGGCAACCAUCUCCUCAUGGACUUCAGUCGGUGGGCGAAUUGUCCUCCGCGAGCACCUCUUGGACGAGGAGAUGCCGUUCAUGGAACCUUUGAUCACCUUGUUCUUCUGCUUGGAAGAAUCGCAGACUUUUCGUCAAGAGAUCGCGAGCGAAAGUUGAAGCAGAUGGAAGCCAACGGCGGCAACUGGAGGCCAGCACCAGAGAUGAACAUACCACGCCCGCCACAACACCCUUCGGUCCCUCCUACGCCUGUCUCUGCCACGAACAGCUUUCCGAUGCCAGGCACGACCAUACCGCCUCGAGGUCCCCCUGGAGGUCCUCAACCGCCUGCUAUGCCACAAUUCUUCGGUAUGGCCCCGCCACCUAGAGCAAAUGUCCAAAUGCCGUCAGUCUAUAGGCCGACCCAGCCGACGACUUCGCCCCAGAGUGCCCGUCCCUACGACCCAUUCGAAGGCGACCUCCAAGCUCAGACCGCAGCCGCAUUGGAGGAGUAUGGACGUAUUCGUGCUGCGCUGCACACUUUCCAAACGAGUCUCGGCAAGGACUUUGAACCGCUUGGCCCAGAUUAUUAUGUACCCGAAAUGACCGCCUUCGGCCAAGCGUUGGUCUAUCGGUCUUACGACAUUGGCUGCAUGUGGGCACUAUACAACAUGGCCGUCAUCAUUGCAAUCCGGGCUCACCCACAUAUGCCUCCGGCAGCACAUGUCGCGGCAGCCAUCGCAGCUCAUGAGACAGCAUUCUUCGCAAACGAGAUCGGCAGGAUAGCAGCAGGCAUUGUGCCGGGACCUCCUGAGCAAGCCCUAAACCCAAGCUUGGGCGCAGCGCUGUGUGAGAGCUGCAUGCCUUCCUUCUUCGCAGCAGUACAAUACCAAGAUCCUCACCAACGGCGCGAAACCGUAACACGAAUAUGGAGCAUCGCGAAGCGGACCGGCUGGGGUAGCGCGGAGCUCAUUGCGAAUGGAUGCGAAACUGCCUGGGUCAAGGCAGCCGCAGCAGGAAGAGGACCACCAUACGAAAGAAUCGCUCGACCUCAGGAAUUCACACAUGACCCACGUCUGAAUGGGAGCUGGGAGAGGCUAGACCCCAACGCCCAGCCGAACGAAAUGGAUGAUACGGACAGACGGCUUGUGAAGAAGAAAGCCCAGGCACGACUUAAUUGGGCCAUUGGGGUGAUGGGUGUGGAGGACGACGUGCAUAAGAUACAUCUCAGCGACUGA